AUGCAGCCGCGCAGACCCACACCGCUGCAGAGAUCCAUCGAUCCGGGCCAGCAGUUCACCUGGGAGCACUCCAAUCUGGAAGUGAACAAGCCCAAGAAUCGUUACGCUAACGUCAUCGCCUACGACCACUCGCGGGUCAUCCUCGCUCCCAUCGAUGGGAUCACAGGCAGCGACUACAUCAACGCCAACUACAUCGACGGCUACAGGAAGCAGAACGCCUACAUUGCCACGCAGGGUCCUCUUCCCGAGACCUUUGGAGACUUCUGGAGGAUGGUGUGGGAGCAGAGGGCAGCCACGGUGGUGAUGAUGACCAAACUGGAAGAGAAGUCCCGGAUUAAAUGUGACCAGUACUGGCCGAGUCGGGGAACGGAAACCUACGGCAUGACACAAGUGACGCUCUUGGAUACCAUAGAAUUAGCCACAUUCUGCGUCCGCACUUUCUCUCUGCACAAGAACGGAUCCAGUGAAAAGCGGGAGGUGCGGCAGUUCCAGUUCACGGCGUGGCCUGACCAUGGCGUGCCCGAGUACCCCACGCCGUUCCUGGCCUUCCUCCGCCGGGUCAAGACCUGCAACCCUCCGGACGCUGGCCCCAUCAUAGCCCACUGCAGUGCGGGCGUGGGUCGGACCGGCUGCUUCAUUGUCAUCGACGCCAUGUUGGAGCGCAUCAAGCACGAGAAGACGGUGGACAUCUACGGUCACGUGACUCUGAUGCGCUCGCAGAGGAACUACAUGGUGCAGACCGAGGACCAGUACAGCUUCAUCCACGACGCGCUGCUGGAGGCCGUGGCCUGUGGGAACACAGAGGUGGCGGCGCGAAGCCUCUACUCCUACAUCCAAAAACUGGCCCAGGUGGAGAGUGGCGAACACGUGACCGGCAUGGAGCUAGAGUUUAAGCGUUUGGCCAACUCCAAAGCCCACACGUCGCGGUUCAUCAGUGCCAACCUUCCCUGCAACAAGUUCAAGAACCGAUUGGUCAAUAUCAUGCCCUACGAGACCACACGCGUCUGUCUGCAGCCAAUCAGAGGCUUGGAAGGCUCCGAUUACAUUAACUCCAGUUUUAUAGACGGAUACAGGCAACAGAGAGCAUACAUCGCCACACAAGGCCCUUUAGCGGAGACCACAGAAGACUUCUGGAGAAUGCUCUGGGAGAACAACUCCACCAUCGUCGUCAUGUUGACCAAACUGAGGGAGAUGGGGAGGGAAAAGUGCCACCAGUACUGGCCGGCAGAGCGCUCCGCCAGAUACCAGUACUUUGUGGUGGAUCCCAUGGCGGAAUACAACAUGCCACAGUACAUACUGAGGGAGUUCAAAGUCACGGACGCAAGGGAUGGUCAAUCAAGAACAGUUAGGCAGUUCCAGUUUACUGAUUGGCCGGAACAAGGUGUCCCCAAAUCCGGAGAGGGAUUCAUCGAUUUCAUUGGUCAAGUGCAUAAAACCAAGGAACAGUUUGGACAAGACGGACCCAUCUCUGUCCACUGCAGCGCUGGCGUGGGAAGAACCGGAGUCUUCAUCACCCUCAGCAUCGUGUUGGAGCGGAUGAGGUACGAAGGCGUGGUCGAUAUCUUCCAGACGGUGAAGAUGCUGCGGACUCAGAGGCCGGCCAUGGUCCAGACUGAGGAUGAAUAUCAAUUCUGCUACCACGCCGCUCUGGAGUAUUUAGGAAGCUUUGAUCACUAUGCAACCUUUCUUGCCGAGACCCUUCAGAGCGACGGAGGCCUGUGUUUUGGCCGCUGCGUUCUCCAGAUCUCUCCACAUGACCUGCUCUGGACCCACAGACCCGGGAUCGAUGGACCCGUGCAGACUGAGACCUGCUCUGGACCCACAGACCCGGGAUCGAUGGACCCGUGCAGACUGAGACCUGCUCUGGACCCUCAGACCCGGGAGCGAUGGACCGGUGCAGACUUAGACCUGCUCUGGACCCACAGACCCGGGAGUGAUGGACCGGUACAGACUUAG